GCCGCGCUCGGCGGCGGCGCCCGGCAGGAUGCGGGCGGGCUGCGCGCUGGCGCUGCCCUGGCUGGCGCUGCUCGCCGCGGCGCGGCAGCCCCCGGAGCAGCCGUCGGCGGCGCCGCUCUUCACGCGCCGGCCCUUCCUGGUGGCCUGGAACGUGCCCACGCAGGACUGCAAGCCGCGCUUCCAGGUGCCGCUGGACUUCAGCCUCUUCGACCUGCACGCCUCCCCCAACGAGGGCUUCGUGGACCAGAACCUGACCAUCUUCUACAAGGAGCGCCUGGGGCUCUUCCCCUACUACACCAGCCAGCGCGUGGCCGUCAACGGCGGCGUGCCCCAGAACAGCAGCCUGGCCGCCCACCUCGGCUGCCUCCGCGAGGGCAUCGGCAAGUACAUCCGCUCGCCCGCCAAGGAGGGGCUGGCCACCAUCGACUGGGAGGAGUGGCGGCCCAUCUGGAUCCGCAACUGGAAGCCCAAGGACAUCUACCGCAACGUCUCGCAGCAGCUGGUGAGGCUGCGCCAGCCCUCCUGGUCGCUGGAGCAGGUGAACAAGCAGGCCGUCUUCGAGUUCGAGUCCUCGGCCCGGCAGUUCAUGAUCAGCACGCUGCGCUACGCCAAGAGCUUCCGGCCCAAGCAGCUCUGGGGGUACUACCUCUUCCCCGACUGCUACAACCACGACUACAGCAAGAACAAGGAGAGCUACACGGGGCAGUGCCCUGAUGUGGAGAAGACCCGCAACGACCAGCUGUGGUGGCUCUGGAAGGAGAGCCUGGCUCUCUACCCCUCCAUCUACCUGGACCAGGUCUUGGCCUCCACACCCAACAGCCGCAAGUUUGUGCGGGCCCGGGUCAUGGAGGCCAUGCGCAUCUCCCGCAAGUACCACGAGGACUACUCCCUGCCGGUCUUCGUCUACACCAGGCCCACCUACAUCCGCAAGCUGGACGUGCUCAGCCAGCCGGACCUCAUCUCCACCAUCGGGGAGAGCGCCGCGCUGGGUGCCGCCGGGGCCAUCUUCUGGGGCGAUGCCGACUACACCAAAAACUGGAACUCGUGCCAGACCAUCAAGAACUACCUGGAGGGGGACCUGGGCCGCUACCUGGUGAACGUCACCACGGCGGCGCAGCUGUGCAGCACGGCGCUGUGCCAGGGCCGGGGGCGCUGCCUGCGCCAGGACAGCACCGCCAACGUCUUCCUGCACCUCAACCCCGCCAGCUUCCAGCUGCGCCGCCGCGACGCCGCCCACCCCCAGCGCCCCCUCAUGUGGGCCGAGGGCCGGCUCUCCGCCGCCGACACCCGCUUCCUACGGACCCACUUCCGCUGCCAGUGCUACCAGGGCUGGCACGGCGGCGCCUGCCAGCUGCAGGCGAGCCCCCGCGGCGCCGCCCCGGCCCCCCGCGCCCACCUGGGACUCCUGGCGCUGCUCCUCCUGGCCCGCUGGCGCUGAGCCCCGCCGCCCGCGCGCCCUCCCGUUUCGCGGCGAGGCCUCUCGCCCGCUCGGCAGCUGGUGGGGGGGUGCGUGGCCGGGGGGGGGUGUG